AUAUAUAAAGUAGUAAACGUUUCCACUACAUACAAUUGUUUCGUUUGUUCGCCGUUAACCGAACCCGUUACGAGAUGAUGCCCACGUGUCUCCUAGUCCUUUUCUUUGCUGCGGGUGUAGCAUUGGCAUAUUCACCUUUUCAAACUAACCAAUACAUGGAUACGGUUCUUCACACAAAUCUUCCCGCUGACGGAGCGUAUUCGAACAUCGAUCCGGCCAGAUUAGGUAACUUCACCUUUGAAAGAAGAACUAAAGUAAUGUUCAUCAACGUCAAAGUUAAAAUUGAUUAUUAUAAUGGAAACAUGACCGGUAUGUUCAGGGGCAGAAGGGCGAGAGACUGUUCUCCGAUAUAUCGCGGUCCCUACGGUAACGCUACCCUUAACUGCACGGUGGAAUUCAGAGAUAUAAAGUUUCAAUUCCAGGGUAAGUUGAAAUACGGCAAGCUCCCGACAACGAGUAUCACCGUAACUGGCAGUAUGUCUCCUAGUUACGCUUACGUCGAAGUGACUUCUAGAUACGAAUUCAAUUCUCCGUCCCUUAGAACGAUGCAUUUAACGCAAACCGGAAAAGUUACUUCUAAAUUCACAGGAUUGGGUCCACUUAAUAACGAACUGAAGAAGUUUGCGGAGGACGAAUUCAAUCAGAGAUUAACCAGCGAAUUUUUCAACGUAUUUACCUAUAACUACUUCCCCGCUAUGGGAAGAGCGUGUACUCGUACCAGGAUGCCUCUAUAAAAUGCUCAUCUAUCAGAAAUUUUAUAUAUGUAAAAUUGCCAGCACAAAAAAUUUACGCUGUGAAAAUUUAUAAUUUCCAUUGUUAAAAACACUCAAAUUAAUUUUAAUUAUAUUACAUCUGUUACGUUAAUUCCGAAUAAAUAUUAUUUGUAUCUCUGGU